AUGUUGUGCGCUAUUUCGGGCGAGCCUCCCCAGGAGCCCGUCGUCUCCAAGCUUUCCGGCGCCGUUUUUGAGAAGCGAUUGAUCGAGAAGUACAUCGAGGAGAACGGCAAGGACCCCGUCUCCAACGACGACCUCACAACCGACGACCUGCUCGUGCUCAAGACGCCGCGCAUCGUCAGGCCCCGGCCGCCGACCCUCACCUCCAUACCGGCGCUCCUCUCGACCUUCCAGAACGAGUGGGACGCGCUCGCCCUCGAGACAUUCAACAUCAAGGAGCAGCUCACCCGCACGCGCGAGGAGCUCGCCACCGCCUUGUACCAGCAUGAUGCUGCCGUGCGCGUGAUCGCGCGCCUAACCAAGGAGCGGGACGAGGCGCGCGAUGCUCUGUCGCGGGUGACGGUGUCGGCUGGCGGUGGUGCUGCUGCUGGCGGCGACGCAAUGGCGGUUGAUGCCGAGGCGCUGCCUGAGGAGCUUGCUGCCAAGAUUGACGAGACGAAAGCCACACUUUCCAAGAGCCGCAAGCGCAGGCCAGUCCCCGACGGCUGGGCCACCGCUGACGACGUCUCGUCGUUCACCGUCUCCACAUCCAACUCUAUCGACGUGCCACAAGCCACCACGGUUGCUCUCGAGGGCGAGUACGCCGCCAUCGGAGGCCUCGCGGGCAACGUCGCCAUCUACUCGAUCGCGGCCGACAAGGCGGAGCGGUCAUUACAGGUCAACGAGCCCGUCACCGACUCGAUAUGGACAGGCUCAAAGGUCAUUGUCGCCACCGCCAAGGGCUCCGUCAAGGUCUACGACAGCGGCAGCGAGGUUGCCUCCUUUUCUGACCACGCUGGGCCGGUCACUGCUCUGGCGCUGCACCCCAGCAACGAGAUUCUGGCGUCUGUUGGGUCUGACAAGGGCUUCAUCUUCUACGAUCUGGUCAAUCUGCAGCGGGCUACGCGCGUCUACACCAGCUCCUCUCUCUCGACAUGUGCCUUCCACCCUGACGGCGAGCUGUUCGCGGCUGGCACCAGCGCUGGCGACAUCAAGCUGUACAUGGCCAAGACGGGCGAGGAGGCGGCAUCGUUCUCGCUGGGCGCGCCAGUGCAGGCCAUUGCGUUCUCCGAGAACGGGUACUGGUUCGCGGCCACGGCCAAGGGCCAGACGACGGUGACCAUCUUUGACCUGCGCAAGGAGGGCGCGGCGGCCCAGGCCAAGGUGCUCGACAUUGGGUCUGCCGUGCACGCGCUGGCGUGGGACUACUCGCAGCAGUUCCUGGCAACGGCGGGGGCGGGCGAGGUCACGGUGCAGCAGUACAACAAGUCGUCCAAGAAGUGGACGGAGCCGCUGCGGGCGGCGGUGGCGGGCGGUGCGGUAGACGUGCAGUGGGGUGCCAACGCCGAGAAGCUGAUUGCCGUCAACGGCGAAGGCGUCGUCAGCAUCCUCGCGGCAGCCCAGGAAUAA